UUUUGGUUUUCCUGUAAAUAAAAGUGAGUUUAUUUAUUAUAUCAUUAUAUGUUGUGAUAUAAGCCUGUGAUAAUUGUCUGUGAAAAGUUAUGAAACUAAUAACUUUCGACUAUGAAAUGUAGGCCAUUAUUAUAUAACCGUACCACUAAGCAUACAGCAAUGAUGAACCACAGUAAAAAACAUCUGAAGUGUGAUUUUACACAGACAACAUCAGGCGCUGACCAGUGUGACCUAACCAUACAUCGCACUGGCAAAGAGGAAAAUACAGCAGCAGAGGUAUCUGUUGUGGGAGAUGUUGCAACAGUUGUGGUGAAAAAUGAAUAUAUUGACAUCAUGUUGAGUGCCGAUAACUUGAAAUCGGAAAAUGACAAUUACAUAGACAAUUCCAAUAAUGACUGUAAGUCUGACUUGAGCAUGAAGUCGGAAGUGAAACCACUAGAUGACGCUAGUAGUGCAGAUUAUCAUAAGUAUGCAGUCAUAGAACAUUCGACCGAUACACAGAGACCCAUAAAGCGUGAGAAUAUCAUCUUCGGAUGCACUGUUUGUUAUGAAGACUUUCUGCAAGAAGAUGCAUACAAUGAACAUAUGAUCUUGCAUCUCCAGGUGAGACUAACCCACUUCUCUGUGGAGGAUGCUGGUGACAACACUGCAUCACAAGUGUGCGAGCCUCGUGCAGCUGUGAGCCGCAGCUGUGACUCACUUGUGCUGCAGAACAGAACAGGAAGUCAGAGGCUGAAUGAUGACUCGGCUACAGACUGUGCUCAGGCUUUAGUCGCUCCACUGUCUUCGAGACUUGCAGCAAACAACAAUAGCAAAGUCCAGGUAACGGAGGACGAAGCUGUGACCUGGAAAGAUAAACAAAUCCUUGAGACCAACAUAGGCGAAUUUGACAACCACGUCUCUCAAAGCAACACUAAAACAUUGAAUAGAUGUCAAACUAAAACAAACUGUGAACCACAGCUAUGUAAUAUUUACAAGAAACCCAAGAGAACUGUACUAGAUGUGAAUGCACACAUGAAAACUCACACUGCAGAAAACAGUACUUUACCAAAACAUACAAAAAUCCACACUGGUACGAAGUUUUACUCUUGUGAUGUAUGUGAUUAUAAAACUGCAUACAAAGGUAAUUUUGUCAUACACGAAAGCACCCACACUGGUGUGAAGCCUUACUCUUGUGAGACGUGCAAUUAUAAAACUGCAUACAAGAAUCACUUGCUUGUACACAAAAGGACCCACACUGGUGAAAAACCUUAUUCAUGUGAGACAUGUAAUUAUAGAACUGCAAACAGAGGUAACCUACUUAUGCACAAAAGAAUACAUUCUGGUGAAAAGCCUUAUUCUUGUAAGACAUGCGAUUAUAAAACUGCACAGAAAAGUAGUUUGUUAAAACAUAAGAGAACUCACACUGGCGAAAAGCCUUUUUCUUGUACAAUGUGCAAUUAUAAAACUGCAGAGAAAAGAGGUUUAGAAAGGCAUAACAGAACUCACACUGGUGAAAAGCCUUUUUCUUGUGAAACAUGCGAUUAUAAAUCUGCUCACAAAUCCGAUUUAGAAAGGCAUAAAAGAACCCACACUGGUGCAAAGCCCUAUUCUUGUGAGACAUGCAAUUAUAAAACUGCAAGUAAAAGUAACUUACUAAAACAUAGAAGAACCCACACUGAUAAAAAGCCUUUCUCUUGAGAGAGAUGCAAUGCUGUGAAUGAUGUUAUUCAAAACAAUGAAUGACAAAAGUGUAAUUUAGUUAAAUAUAUAAAAAUAAAUAUCUUUGUUGAUUAAUUAAUUAGUUAAAUAAUUGACAAGAUAACACUUGGACUGCAUUAAUAUUAAACAAGUAAUAACUAACGGCCUCCGUGGCGCAGUGGUAUGCGCGGUGGAUUUACAAGACGGAGGUCCUGGGUUCGAUUCCCGGCUGGGCCGAAUGAGGUUUUCUGAAUUGGUCCAGGUCUGGCUGGUGGGAAGCUUCGGCCGUGGCUUGUUACCACCCUGUCGACAAAGACAUACCGCCAUGUACCGAAAGGGAUAUGAUUUUCAUCCUCCUCCUAACAAGUUAGCCCGCUCCCGUCUUAGACUGCAUCAUCACUUACCAUCAGGUGAGACUAGUCAAGGGCUAACUUUUAGAGAAUAAAAAAAGUGACAAUGUAGUCUAGUUAGACUAUAUUGUUACUUUAAAUAAAAUGUGCGCCUAACUUUACACUUCACUAGUCAGUGAAUUAAUCUGGGGAUCGAACCCAGGACCUCAGUCUUGAAAAUCCACCUAUUUUUUUGAAAUAAAUUUUUAACUAUUUGAAAUAUCUUUGCAUGAAAUAGCUCUAUCUUAGGUGUGCAGUACCUUUUUAUGUUUUUACUUAAUUUGUAUUUUUGUUUUUUACUCAGUUGUAUGUACUCAGCCAAAUAAAGCAUUUUAUUAUUAUUAUUUUAUGAAAUAAAUUAAUUUUGAUUUAAAAUGUGUCAUCAUCAUCAACCUAUAUUCGGCUCACUGCUGAGCUCGAGUCUCCUUUCAAAAUGAGGGGUUAGGUAAAUAGUCCACCACGCUGGCCCAACGCCAACGAAAAUUCUCUGGUAUGCAGGUUUCCUCACGAUGUUUUCCUUCACCGUUUGAGACACGUGAUAUUAACAAUAACACUAGUAAUACGUGAGACAGUUGUGUGCAUAUCUUAAAAUGUAGAUAACUUAAUAGUUGGAGGUGCAUGCCCGGGACCGGAUUCGAACCCACACCUUCCGGAGUCGGAGUCGUUCCUACAUGCAUUUAUACAAUCAGAAAAAAAAAGUUUCAAGUUUCAGUGGUUUUUUCACGAUUAGAAAAAUAUUCGUUUUAUCUGGUACAAAAGGGUUAGAACUCGGAGGCAGCAAAAAAUAACAGUAGGUAAUACAUAAUUUAUCUGUGGUCAUUACUCUCACACUAGUGAAUAUAUGUUCUUUGUCUCACACUCUGUGUCUGUGGUCGUGUGGCGUAGAAUCUGUGCUGUUCUGUGGUAGUAUUUUUUUUAUUGACAUCUGUUUUUUUGGGGUUUCGAUUGGGAGAUAAUUUUAAUAAAUAUUUUCUUUUUUGAAAAAAAAUUAGAAAAUGAAAGGUGCGCAGAAUAGGUUGCGCACAGAAAAUGUAAUUCGUUUAUCGAAUUUUACUGCUCAUAUUUUCAUAUAUAUAUAUGUAUAUAUACUGCAUAAAUAAAUCACAUUCCUUAGCUCAAAAGGUUUGAUAUAAAGUAAACGAGUAUUAGUAUUACUAUUACUAGUAUAUAAUUAUUAGUAACUAGCGGACGCCCGCGACUUCGUCCGCGUGAAAGUCGUUGUAAACUUUCAACUACCCCUACCCUACCACUACCCUACCCUUACCCUACCCUACCCCUGCCCUACCUAGGGGUACCUCCCCUACCCUACUCUACCCUACCCUACCCCUAACCUACCCUACCCUACCCCUACCCUACCCUACCCCUACCCUACACUACCCCUACCCUACCCUACCCUAGCCCUACCCUACUAAUUAAGGCUGCACUUCUUUUUUAUCCCCCCCCCCCCCCCGUGAGUCGCGUCGAGCGCGGCAACCGUUACACAAAAAUAAUCCAUAUAGCAUGAAUUAGUAUGCACGCGCGAUGGCUUAGCGUAUUUCUUGUAUAACUUUGGUGUUUCUUUACCGAUUUUGAGUGAUGAGUGUUAGAAACAUAAGAGUAGACAAAUUUAAUUAGAAAGCUCCGAACUGCUAAGCUAUCGGGAGUUACACGUACUAUUGUGAGUCAACCAUAAAAGAUAGACAUAUAUAUGCUGUUGUGUUUUUAUAGAUAAUUUUAAGGAGAACAUUUCCGUCAUACAUGAUUUCUAUGUAGCUUUAACCAUUAAGGCUGUACACGCGACGGAAACUUAAAAAAUUGAGUAACUUCUCCCGUUUUCUCAACAUUUCUCUUCACUGCUCUGCUCCUAUUGAUCGUAGCGUAAUGAAAAGUAUACUAUAACCUGCCCAGGAGUAUGACGAAUAAUUGUACCAAGUUUCGUCAAAAUCCGUCUAGUAGUUUUUGUUUCUAUAAAGAACAUACAGACAGACAGACAGACAGACAGACAGACAGACAGACAGACAGACAGACAGACAGACAAAAAUUUUACUGAUUGCAUUUUUGGCAUCAGUAUCGAUCACUAAUCACCCCCUGAUAGUUAUUUCGGAAAUAUAUUUCAUGUACAGAAUUGACCUCUCUACAGAUUUAUUAUAAGUAUAGAUUACUAGUAGAAUGAUUUGUUUUCAGUCUCUCCACUGUUGGCAGUGCAGGCAGCUGAAGAAUCAGGUAUGACACUGAAGAGCGAACUAAUACAUAAAGUUAAGAUUGCAGAUAUGGACAAACAGAAAAACAAUCAAGUAGUCAAGUUACAUGGUGUUAAUAAGAAACAUAAGAAAGCCGUUUCAGAUAAACCAUGCUUGAAAUAUACUAAGGAAAAGUUAUAUUCUUGCGAGAUAUGUAACUGCAAAUGUGUACGUAAAUGUUCUCUAUCUAGGCAUAUGAAAAUCCACACUGGUGAAAAAUAUUAUUCCUGUGAGAUAUGCAAUUAUAAAAGUGCACAGAAAGAUAACUUAAUCACGCACAUGAGGACCCACACUGGUGAAAAAUCUUAUUCUUGUGAGAUAUGCAAUUAUAAAAGUGCACAAAAAGAUAACUUGAUUACGCACAUGAGGAUCCACACUGGUGAAAAAACCUAUUGUUGUGACUUAUGCGAUUACAAAAGUGGACAGAAAAUCAGCUACGUUUUGCAUAUGAAAAUACAUACUGCUGAUAAUCCUUAUUCUUGUGAGAUAUGCAAUUACAAAAGUGCACUAAAAUGCAACUUAAUUUUACACACUGGUGAAAAAUCAUAUUGUUGUGAUAUAUGCAAUUAUAAAAGUGCACGGAAAAUCGGCUUAGUUUUGCAUAUGAAAAAACAUAUUGGUGAAAAGUCUUAUUCUUGUGAGAUAUGCAGUUUCAAAAGUGCAUGGAAAAAUAGCUUAACUAGACAUAUGGAUCCACAUUGGUGAAAAGACUUAUUCUUGUGACAUAUGCAUAUAAAUGUGCAGGAAAAGGCAACUUAAAUACGCAUAUGAGAAUCCACACUGUUGAAAAGCCCUAUACUUGUGCACAUAUCACAUAUCUGUAACCAGUUGCACAAUCAAUCUGCAGUUACACAGUUGUGUGUAAUGUGCACAUGUGCAUAUGUACAUUAUUUAGUUAGGCACAUGAAAAUUUGAAAGUACUACUAAAAAAAACAUAGACUCGAAUUGAGAACCUCCUCCUUUUUUUGAAGUCGGUUAGGUACGUAAUUUGUAUCUACUAUUUCAAAUACCUAUUUAGAUGAUUAUUUGUAUAUGGUAUCUAAAAUGCUUUUUAACCGACUUCAUAAA